UACAAAACCCAAGUACCAUUCUUCUGUGGGGAAGAUUACGCAGGUGUGUCCUUCUGGCCAUUUUCGCCCUUCCAUCCAUGCAGACAAGCACAUUCGCCGCCUGUGCCGACACCGCCUAUUUCUUCUCCUGAUAGACAAUCGCCGCCUCCAUGGCGUCCACCUCUGCAAUGGGCACCCGCGCCUACGUGCCGCUGUCCGUUGCCUGGCUGGAGCAAUUAGCCUUCAGCUUCUCGGCGCAGAAGGUCAAACGCGAUGUCCGCUACAUCCUGUCGGCCGAGCAUCUUCCCUCAGGUCGCCGCUGGGCUGUCGUCUACUCCUUCGACGACUGCCGCGUCUUCCAGCGACGCCUGGCACGCGCACUCAGCGUGGGUCACCGCUGCGACGCGCCCUGCCCGUGGCUCUAUAGCUUCGUUACCUGCUACUUCCCCAAGCCGCGGCUCUUCCACUCAGCGUCGAGUGGCCGUUUCGUUCAGAAGCGCUGCGAAGCGCUCGUGGCUUACGUCAAGACACUGCAGACGUCGCUGCUCAGUCGUGCCAGCCAUUCGUGCCGUGUUCUUACAGAAGCAGUGGCCGAAGCGCUGUUGGAUUUUGUUUGCGGCGGUGACACGCAGCAGUUCCCCAUUAAGCAAUGGGCAUUCGCCGGACAACAGCAUCGAGCUAGAGGCUCCAUACACUCACUAACGUCGACAUCGGAUGAAGGAGACGACCCCAUGGCGAGCUCCAGCCGUAGUCAGCGGACUUUACGAACUUGUAGCAGCCUCACGUCGACGUCGUCAUUCAUAGACGCGAGCUCGACGUACACUUUAGAAGCUGAUAUUCCCGUUGCCCAGACGUCAGAUACCACCACCGCUCCCAAGACGUGUAUACUGUGCGACGAAGCCAUGGAGGCUACUGACGGACGGUAUUACUAUACGACGCGGCUGCAGUGCGGCCAUCGAUUCCACGACGAGUGCUUGAUCCCGCAGCUCAACAUCAACAUGAGCUGCCCGACUUGCCACCAGUGUGUAACUAACAAUAUGUAGACAAGAGUAUUUUAAGACGUAGAGAGUAGCUGAGCUAGUUAAGCCGUAUUUAUGUUAUAAACUCCUCUCGUGAACUCUGUUUCAUUACGAGUCAUUGUCCA